ACCUUUUCGGAGUCAGACACCUGUGGACAACUUCCGCCUUCCGAUUAGUCAGCGGAAUCAUAGACCUCGGGAUUUGACCGCGCGAGAGCUCGGCAUUUGAAAAUCCCGAGUACGGAAAUGAGGAGAGAGGAUCUGCACUCGAUGUGGACCCGGUCCACCAGCCAGUAUAUAAACUAAAAAAUCGCCCGGCUUGUUCAGGGAAGACAAAUUUACGUUUCAUUCUCGCCCGGCAAGACUGUGCCGUGCUCCUUCUCUUCUAACUUACUAAGUGGUCGGGAAAAAUGACGUACAGUCAGAGAAACAGCCAUAUAAAACCUGCCGCAGUGCCGGGCAAAAAUCUACAAUUUACUGUCUCAUAGUGGAGAAAUAUCAAACCAACAGCUAUGUCUUCCAAUGUUUCAGCAAAACAUCCCACAAGCGAGGGCGUCCUCAUUAUCGGAGCAGGAAUUGCCGGUUUGACGCUGGCUCAGGCCCUUCGUCGCCACGGAGUACCUUGUACAGUCUUUGAGCGCGAUGAAUUCCCGGAAGUUCGCAACCAAGGAUGGGGUGUUUCCAUCCACUCCACUUUGAUUACAUGGGAAGCGCAUAUUUUGCCAGAGAUUUAUGACCGCGUUUGUGAGGCACAGGUGAAUCCUGCUAUCGGUCCUGAUGAAGUCCGCGGAGUCCCAUGGAUUAACGGCGCGACGGGACAAGUCGAGCAGUCUGUUCCAGAAAGCAAGAGGCUUAGGCUGAGACGGGACGGAAUCCGGAGGGCUCUCAUGGAGGGUCUGAACAUUAAGUGGGGCAAACGACUUGUAAACAUUGAGAAAUUUAAGGGUGGUAUCCGAGCCGAGUUCACGGAUGGCUCUACUGUUCUAGGAAAUGCCCUAGUGGGUGCAGAUGGUUCGACCUCGAUCGUUCGCAAGUUUCUCGCGCCCACAACCCACAAACUGCAUCGCCUUCCUAUCAAUGCUGUGGGUUGUGCCCUGACGAUGAGUGAAGAGCAAGUCAAUUAUUUCAAAGAUCACGUCGAUCCACUUUAUUUCAUGGGUACGCACCCAGAAACAGAUACUUUUUGUCAGGGUGCAGGGUCAGGUAGCGAUAUAUAUUAGGAAUUGACGAACAGGGUAAGCUACGGUCAGGCUAUCUACAGGUUCAUAGACAAGACGCAGCUCGAAGAGCUGCAGCAGAAUCGGCGUUGGCGCAGACAGAUAUCUCUGUGGGUCACGUGCCUAGUCACGUGCAUAGAUCACGGGCUGGCACCGUGACAGUACUCCCCCCCUCAAGGCCGAGCUCCGUCGAGGCUAGGCCCAGGCUUAUGGGGAUAGCGGCGAUGAUAGUUGGCAAUAAUCUCUCGGGCAUGCUCCAGGUAUGCAGCUGGUUCUUCAGUGAGAUCAUUGUAACCAGUCCACUUGACUGUAUAUUUC